UCCCCGUCAGUGCUGCAAAACGCCGACGCACCCGCGCGCUGGCAACCCUGGCCAGCAGCUGUCACCUGCAAGAACAACAACAGGGGCAGGAAGAAGAAGAACUUUGACAGCUGCACCGCAAGCGAAAUCGAGGAAAAACAUUUUACGAUGGGCAACGCGCUGCAGCACUACCUGAAACCGGACGUGAUGCCCGGGCCGGACGUGGUGCCCUCCUUCGACCCACUGCUGGGCUUCAAGUCGCGCAAGGAGCGUGUGAUGGUCGCCACCCAGGAGGAGAUGGAGUCCGCCAAGCUGCCGCUGGAGGCGCGCGACUACUGCGCCCACCUGGCCAUCGCCUACCAGGCCUGCCGCACGGACACCUUCCCGUUUGUGUACAAGUGCGCCCACCAGAAGCACGAGUACCUCACCUGCGAGUACGAGGACUACGUGCUGCGCAUGAAGGAGUUCGAGCGGGAGCGCCGGCUGCUGGAGCGCCAGAAGCGCCUCAACAAGGCCGCCUAGGCCAAGCCAGUCCUCGCCCGCACCUCCCCCCUGAAAAGAGAACCCUACCACACUACACCAGGAGGCGCUCCUGGCCGCGGAUCCACUGCCAUUGCCCCCCUGUUGCAAGCUAGUUUCCAGCGGAAAUGUCAAUAAACAACUCCAUGCUAGUAGUAAUGCGGAUCUGCUAACCAUUUUUUUUUAUUAGCCAUUAAACGAUUGAUAAACUGUUCGAAAA